AUGACAGAUACAUCGGAGUUUUCGAUACACUUUGUGACGCUGGGAAUGUUCAUUAUUGACCAGAUACACUUCCCUGCUUCUGGACGAGUCGUGGACAAUAUCAUUGGCGGUGCUGGCACCUUCGGUAUCAUCGGCGCUCGUCUUUUCUCUCCACCGCCUGAACUGUCUAGAACCCUUGGCUGGAUCGUAGACGUGGGUAACGACUUUCCAGAUGACAUUAAGCAUGAGCUUCAGCGGUGGGGCACCAGCCUGAUUUUACGGGAGACACCAGAACGAAAAACCACUAGAGGUUGGAACUCAUAUGGUCCCGCCGAUUUCCGUUCAUUCGAGUAUCUUACACCAAAGCUGCGUUUGACACCCAAUGAUUUUGCCAAUACCCCAUUGAUAAACUCUCUUUCCUUUCAUUUGAUUUGCUCGUCGGAUCGGUGUCGGGAUAUUAUCAAUACGCUUUCAUCUCUAAGGAGCUCCCCGAAAGAACCAGUUCUGAUCUGGGAACCGGUUCCGAAUCUCUGUACACCUGAAGAACUUCCUUCCUGCCUCGAAGUGCUAAAGCUGGUAUCGGUUGUUUCACCAAAUGCUGCAGAACUUGGAGGGUUUUACGGGCUAUCAGAGUCUGAGGCAGAGAAGAGGCUUUCUAUUGAGACAAAUGCCGAGAAGUGGUAUGUCUCAGGCAUUGGGUUAGGGAGAAAUGGCCCUAUCAUCGUUAGAGCUGGAAAAGACGGUUGUUAUAUUAGACACAGCGAAGGGGGCAAAUGGUUACCUGCAUACUUUGACGAAGAACACAAUUCGCGGGUUGUAGAUCCAACUGGGGGAGGAAAUUGUUUUAUUGGUGGCCUAGCAAUAGGUUUAGUUAGAACUAGGGAUAUUAUUCUCGCUGCAGCGUAUGCUACUGUGGCAGCUUCAUUUGCCAUUGAGCAAAUUGGUAUGCCAGUGUUAUCACAAAUUGGCAAAACAGAGCUUUGGAACGGAGUAGAGGCAAAGGAAAGGCUAAAAGCGUAUCUGCAGAGAAUAGAAGUAGAAGAGGGUACCCCAUAG